CUAAUCACGCUUAGCGAUUUAGUCUCCUCUUCCCCAAGCGCACCACCUCUUCUUCCUCGCUGCUGCUGCCUUUUCCCCGUCUUCUCUCUCCGUCCGAAUCCACAAGUCCAGGGGCAGCCGAGGAGCCGUCGUUGGACGCCGCCGCGCGCGCGAUACCGGAUCUGCCGCUGCUAUGGAGGCGAUUGGCGCGUGAUUAUCCGAGAGGUGCGGGGCGUGUGGGGACGCUGGUGCUUUUCGCGGGAGAUGGCGCCGCCGGAGGAGGCCGGCGGCGGGGAGUUCCCGGUUGGGAUGAAGGUGCUGGUGGUAGACGACGACCCGACGUGCCUCGCUGUGCUCAAGCAGAUGCUCGUCCAGUGCCGCUACGACGCUACAACUUGUUCUCAGUCCACAAGAGCAUUAAGUAUGCUGCGAGAGAACAGGCGUGGUUUUGAUGUUAUAAUUAGUGAUGUUCACAUGCCUGACAUGGAUGGAUUCAGGUUACUUGAACUUGUAGGCCUUGAGAUGGAUCUUCCAGUUAUUAUGAUGUCUGCUGAUUCAAGGACAGAUAUUGUAAUGAAAGGAAUAAAACAUGGAGCAUGUGAUUAUUUGAUUAAACCUGUCAGAAUGGAAGAGUUGAAAAACAUCUGGCAACAUGUUGUAAGGAAAAAGUUUAGUGGAAACAAGGAGCAUGAGCAUUCAGGUAGCCUAGAUGAUACAGAUCGGAACAGGCCAGCAAAUAAUGAUAAUGAGUAUGCUUCCUCUAUAAAUGAUGGAGCUGAUGAUAGCUGGAAAUCUCAGAAAAAGAAACGGGAUAAAGAAGAGGAUGACAGUGAACUAGAAAGUGGAGAUCCUUCUAAUUCUUCCAAGAAACCAAGAGUAGUUUGGUCAGUUGAGCUCCAUCAACAGUUUGUAAAUGCGGUCAAUCACCUUGGAAUAGACAAAGCUGUUCCCAAGAAAAUUUUGGAGUUGAUGAAUGUCCCUGGUUUAACUAGGGAAAAUGUUGCCAGCCAUUUGCAGAAAUUCAGAUUGUAUCUGAAGAGAAUUGCUCAGCAUCAUGCAGGAAUAACCAAUCCAUAUUGUACCCCUGCUUCUAGUGCUCAAGUGGCCUCAUUAGGAGGACUUGAUUUCCAAGCUUUGGCUGCUUCAGGUCAGAUCCCUCCUCAAGCUCUGGCUGCUUUGCAGGAUGAGCUCCUAGGACGAACUACGACCAGCAUGGUGUUGCCUGGAAGGGACCAGUCAUCAUUACGACUCGCUGCAGUCAAAGGAAAUAAACCCCAAGGAGAGAGAGAAAUAGCAUUUGGUCAGCCCAUAUUCAAGUGCCAGAAUAAUUCAUAUGGGGCAUUCCCACAAAGCAGCCCUACAGUUGGAAGAUUGCCUUCUUUUUCAGCUUGGCCCAAUAACAAACUUGGUAUGGCAGAUUCAACCAGCACACUGGGAAAUGUGAAUAAUUCCCAGAAUAGCAAUAUCGUCUUGCAUGAAUUGCAACAGCAGCCAGAUACCAUGCUGUCAGGAACCCUCCAUGCUCUAGAUGUCAAACCUUCUGGAAUAGCUAUGCCAUCUCAGUCAUUAAACACUUUUCCAGCUAGUGAGGGUCUCUCUCCUAAUCAGUCAGGUUUUCUAACAACCAUUCCUCCAUCCAUGAAGCCUGAGCCUGCUCUCCCAAAUUCUCAACAAUCAAACAAUCUGUUAGGUGGGAUUGAUCUGAUUAAUCAAGCUUCAACCAGUCAGCCAUUCAGUAACAGCCACGGUGGAAAUCUUCCUGGUCUCAUGAAUCACAACUCCAAUGUGAUGCCAUCACAAGGAAUAAGUAACUUUCAAACUGGGAACAUUCCGUAUCUGGUUAAUAAUAGUUCUAUUGGAGUGGGCUCUAAACCACCAGGUGUUCUAAAAACUGAGAGCACUGACUCUCUUAACCAAAGCUUCGGCUAUAUCUGUGGUAGCAGCCCUAUGGACUCUGGAUUGCUGUCUUCUCAGCCAAGAAAUGCACAGUUUGGUUUUCUGCAGAGUCCAAAUGAUGUCACUGGUGGCUGGUCUCUGCAAAAUGUUGACAAUUAUAGGAAUACUAUUGGGCCAAGUCAUCCAGUGUCCAGUUCAUCUAGCUUCCAGAGUUCCAAUGUUGCUCUUGGGAAAUUGCCUGAUCAAGGACGAGGAAAGAAUCUUGGGUUUGUUGGGAAAGGUACUUGCAUCCCAAACCGCUUUGCAGUGGAUGAGGUUGAAUCUCCAACUAACAGCUUGAGUCACAGCAUUGGAAGCAGUGGAGACAUCCCUGAUAUUUUCGGAUUUAGUGGACAGAUGUGAAGAAGGCUUUUUGAAUUUGUAAGUAGGUUCAUCACUGGAAACAAUUUAGUGGUUUGAUGAAUGGUUGCUCGUAUAUUUCAUUUCAUCUUUCUCCUCUGUAAUUGGUUUAUAAAGGGAAUAAUUUAUGUGACAGCAUGUUGAAUCUUGGUUUAUAGAAAGUUUUUCCGUUUAAAAUACUUUGAAUUUGAAUUAUUUUCCCAGUUCAUGUCUCCUUUCUAAAAAGAAUUGCUCGUAUUUCUUAACACAGUUAUCCCUAGCAUUUAUCAAAACGGAAAUUGUUAGAGAAACCUUAUCUCAACUUCAGUUGAGAAAUUGCAAUUGGUUGAGUUUCUGGUCGAACUCAUUUUCUGAAAUACAUGCUCAGGUUUCCAGACAACUUUCUGGUUUCUGAACCGGUCUUGAAGUUUCCUGUUAUGUUGCGCAUUUGUAAGUGGUUUUUUAGGCAUAGAUACAUUCAUACCUGGGCAAAUUUGAGUCACUUAAUAUGAAACGGAGGGAGUAGUUUGAAAAGAGAUGCAAAUCUAAAUCAUUUGGAAGUGUAUAGAUACAGGCAUGCAGCACUUGGAAGCAGCUGCCACCGUAAUUUUCUUUAUGAACGGAGAACUUGUAGAACAUACUAGUUUAUUCGAUUAGGCGAUUUUAGAUAAAAACCGGUGUAAUUUACCGGCCCGGUACGUUUUAUACUUCACAGAUCCACUUGCGUCCUGUUUGGCAUCCCCGUUUUGAGAUGUAAUGUAAGCCCGGGUAAAACGCAAAAUACACCUCGUUCGGGCUUGUUUUCGAGACGCGAGGAGGGGAUCGCGUUUUUUCCCCUCGAACCGGCGGCGCAGCGCAGCAAGCUCUCACGCGAGGGGAUCAGGGGAGGAGACGAAGCUCGACCCCGGCGCCCCGCCUUCGAGCCAUCGAACCCGCGCCGGCGACCGUUCCGCGGCGGCCGGCGAAUCCUCGGGCGGCGCCGACGAGUCUGUGACAAGUCCUGGCGACUCCAACGAGUCCAGUCGCCGCCGGUCCUGCCACCGUCUCGAUCUCCUGACCUCGCCGCUCCUCGUCAGGUCGUGAGGCUGGAAUUUUUCGCCAGAGAUCUCACAGACCUUAAAAAGCUGAGAGGGAAGUGAGUAGGAAAGUCUGAUGACGGAAGUAGUCUUUUCUGUAGCAAGUAAUUGUUGAGCUACAAAGUAGGCUUGUCAUUACUGUAAUUGGUGUUUUGUUUAUGCCUGCUAAAAAUCUCAUGGCACAAGAUUUAAGGCAUGGUCGUAACUUUCUUACUAUGUUGUUUAUUUACCUAUUACUCCUUUAAUUUUUAGUGAAAUAUACCUGGAACAGAUAUUAUGUGUAAGCCUGAGUUAGUGUAAUGAUGCAUCAGAAUUUGUGAUGAA